CUGCACAAUCGGACAAAUGAUAGCACACGGGGGUAUAAGGUAGUUAAAGUAAUGUUUUAGUAUACGGUAAUAUUGCUAAUUUUUAAACCGACACAAUUGCAGUGAAAACGUCCAGAAGUACACAGAACGGCGGGGAGUGUUGUCGAUCGGUCAUAGGCGUGUUAUGUCGUGAUCGUUUAAACGACAAAAAAUACGAUAUUAUUUUGUAUCACACGAAAUAUUAUUGUUCACACGUUUCUUUGGCAAUAAUUUCUAUAUUCGAAAUAAUAAUAAUUAAUCCACGAGUUCAAAUCUGAAAUGGUAAUUGAAUGCGAUAAUAAAAUAGAACGGGAAAAGUUGUUCGGCCAAACUAGCGGCGCUCUUCUUCCAGGGUACACUGGUCACUGCCCAACGUUAAAAUUUCGUUUUGGACAACGAUAUGGAGCUAAUACUUUAGAAAUUAUACAGGAACUCCGUGAAAAGGGGGUGUUGAAACAAUGUAACCUACGAAAUGUAUACAUACGAGACAGCAGUCCUAUCAAACAAUUGGCGCCUAAACCGAGUAUUGACGACACAAAAAUUAACAACGACAAACAAGAAGAAGCGGCUAAAACGUAUCAAAAAUACAUUUUAGGCUAUACUGGUUACAUCCCUGGGAUGCAUUUCCGGUAUGGCAAAACGUUUUGUACUCUCGCCCGAGAAUGUGAAGAUAAUUUACUUGCUAAAAUUUCCACAGAAAAGAGCCGAAAAGCAAUAGAAAGACCCGUUCGGUUUCUGCCCCCGAAAAUGGUGCCAGAUAAAGUGAACGCGCGUCUACAGCACACGCUGAAUAAGUACAAAAAAAGCAAAGAUUUUAAAGACCAUAAAGUAUCGGCAGAAUUGCCUCCAAUUACCGGCUACACGGGCCAUAUACCAAGGCUUAAAGUGUCUAAUAUUUCCGUCAGCCUGCCUUUUCAUAAUUCCGCCAAACUAGGAUUGUCGGUGUUGAAACAAAAAAACGAAAACCCUUUGGGAAAAGAAUGUACUAGGUAGUAAAUUGUUUGUGUUGGCAGUGCACUAACGAUUACCUACUGAUAUUAGUAUUAUUAUUUAUUUAUUAUUAUUAUUCGUGUGAAUUUAUUCAAGUAGCUGUUCUAAUAUUUAAUUUCAUAUAUUAGUUAUAAAUCAAUGUUUUCACUCGCUGUUUUUUUUUUAAUUUGUGGUGUACACUGUACAAAUUAUAGAGUUACCCAUAUUCGUGUUUUUGUUAUAGUAUUAUUGUUACAAAUGGUCCCAGACAAAUCAUAUUAUUCAGACAACUUUGUGUGGUGUCAAAUUAUAUGU